AUGAUUAUGUAUAAAUAUAAUAGGUAUAAACUUGAGUGUACAAAAUGCAGUUGAAUAAUAUGUAUAGAAUACUUUUAAAAACUAUAUAUUUCAUAAUCAUUUUGGGCUUAAUUAUAAUGCCUGUAGUAAAAUGUAAAGACAGAAAAAAACUAUUCAGAUUUAAUGUAAAAACACAAAUAGGUUCACAAAAAUUUUGUUUGAAAAUGGACAGGACGUUGCAAGCACAACACAAGUCUUGUUUAUUGAGGCCGGACACUGGACCAUGUAGGGCAGAUAUCCUGCAGUGGUACUAUGAUGCAAAACAAGGAAAAUGUUUUCGCUUUUAUUGGGGAGGAUGUCAAGGAAACGGAAACAAAUUUGAAACUGAAGAUGAGUGUCUAAAGCACUGUCAUUUAGACAGAAAAACAAUGAAAAGGACAAUACCUCACUUCUGUCAACUUGCAUUUGAUUAUGGACAUUGUUUUGGUCAUUUCAACCGUUUUGCUUGGGAUUCACUGACUAAGACCUGCAGACGUCGAAUGUAUUCUGGGUGUGGUGGAAACCAGAACAACUUCCAAACCAGAAUGGAGUGUGUAAGGACAUGCCUCAUACCUCCCAACAAUACACUUGAGAAUUACGAUCAUCACACAACUUGUGUUCCAAUAUUUUUACAUGACGUCUUUUAGCUAAUUUAUAAAAUCUAUUCCUAUACUGUU